UAAACCGGCCUGUGUCGCUGCGCCAUCUGGUUGGUGUUAAAAGGUAGCUAGCUUCCAAGGGGAACCCAUUUGCAGGACCCGGACCACACGACCAUCAAGAUCAAAUUGCUGUAACUUAUCACCUUCAGGUGACGGAGGAACAUAUACGCUUCGUUAUACUUGGAAUCAGUAAAGUGUCUACAUGGCAGUCAGAAGGGGCCACAUUCGAUACCUAAAAGUGUGUGAAGUGCAAAGCUGUCAGGGCAACGACAGAGAUUCACAGUCACACAUGAAAUCUGAGGCGUAUGAUAAUGGGUACGAGGACCAUAUGGGAGACGAGCCCAAGGACGCCAAAACCAACCUGAUCGUUAACUACCUGCCGCAGAACAUGACGCAGGACGAGCUCCGCUCCCUGUUCAGCAGCAUCGGGGAGGUGGAGUCUGCCAAACUCAUUAGGGAUAAAGCGGCAGGUAAUCCUUAUCAGAGAAACCAGAGCCACAGUUUAGGGUACGGAUUUGUUAACUUUGUUAACCCUAGUGAUGCAGAAAGGGCAAUCAGUACUCUCAAUGGGCUGAGACUACAGUCUAAAACUAUCAAGGUCUCCUACGCUCGUCCGAGCUCCGAGACCAUCAAGGAUGCGAACCUGUACAUCAGUGGCCUGCCGAAGAACAUGACCCAAAAGGACGUUGAGGACAUGUUCAUGCGCUUCGGCCGCAUCAUCAACUCACGGGUACUGGUGGACCAGGCCACAGGUAGUCUGUCCCGGGGCGUGGCCUUCAUCCGGUUUGACAAGCGCAUGGAGGCCGAGGACGCCAUUAAGCACCUGAACGGCACGAAGCCUCCCGGUGCCGCCGAGCCCAUCACGGUGAAGUUCGCAGCCAAUCCCAACCAGGCCAGGAACUCCCAGCUGCUCUCCCAGCUCUACCACAACCAAUCACGACGCUUCAACGGUCCAGUGCAUCACCAGGCACAGAGGUUCAGGUUUUCCCCCAUGAGCGUGGAUCACAUGGGCAGCGUGUCUGGGAUGAAUGUGCCCGGCAACUCUGCGUCGGGCUGGUGCAUCUUCAUCUACAACCUGGGCCAGGACGCAGACGAGGGCAUCCUCUGGCAGAUGUUCGGCCCCUUCGGUGCGGUCACUAAUGUCAAGGUCAUCCGCGACUUCAACACUAACAAGUGCAAAGGCUUCGGGUUUGUUACCAUGACAAACUAUGAGGAGGCUGCCAUGGCAAUUGCAAGCCUCAAUGGUUAUCGCCUAGGAGACAAAGUCUUGCAAGUGUCUUUCAAAACAAGCAAGUCUCACAAGUAGACUAUUUUUGUACACAGGGUGGAGGAUGAAGGUGUGUUUGUAAAGCCUGAUUGUAGAAAUGUUUUUCUUUUUUAAAUAACUGUAUAAAUAGAAUUUCUACAUCUGUAAUGUGCAUCUUUGUCCUAGAGAGUAGGUGUAGAUAUUAUCUUAUUGGAUCUUGGAUUUAAAUGCAAAAUCUUUUUUUUUUUUUUUUUUCCCUCCAAGAUUCGCAAGAGACCAAUUUAUUUUCUAUUCCUCAUGCAGACGUAUCAGUUUUGGUGAUUUUGAAGAAUGUGCCAUAUGUAUGUAAAGGGAAUAAGACGGCAGCUCCGCGGGCAGCGUUGCGCAGAGCUGCUCACCAGGCGCCCACAAGUCGGAUAAUAGAAGAGAAUGUUAGGAAGCCUUAGAUUAAAGUAGGCCUCGACCUUCCAGCCCGUUAGCGAAGUUGGGACACUCCAUGGGUAGUCGAAGCAGGUGUUGCUUACGAACCCAGUGAUUCGGGAAUGCUGGGGGAUUUGGGGGGGGUGCGGUCCAGUGAUUUGAACAAAAUGGACACUUGUAUACAAAGGACCAAAGGUAAAAAGAAUCCCCCCCCCUUCUUUGUUUUUUUUUUUCACCUUCCAAAGUCGUUUUAAUACGAGAUGACGUUCUGAACCGUUAACAUGAAUCUUUUUUUUUUUUUUUUUCCCUUCAGAUGUAAGCAUGACCUGAAUUAUUUAACUUUUUAGACUGCGGGGGUGUCUGCUUCUCUGAAGUAAUUGAAAUAAAGUACUUAGACAUGU